AUGAAUGCAGUGGGGCUGCCAGUCCCUCACAUAUUAGACCAGAGUAUCGACUGUUCCCCAGCAUAUCACUGUGGGCCUCCAGGGAUCAUGAGGCACUCCAGCCGGGACAGCAGCAAACUGGCAGCCAUUGAUGUGGCUAUGGGAAUCAUCUACCUGUCACAGACUGUGGUUGGAGCUCUGGGCAAUUCCUCUCUUCUCCUCCGUUACCUGGUACUUUAUUUCACUGGGUGCAGGGUAAGAUACACAGACAUGAUUCUUCAGCACUUGUUUGUGGCCAACUUGUUAAGCCUCCUGUGUAGGGGAGUUCCCCAGACAGUAGAAAGUUUUGGAGUGAAAGAUUUUCACAGUGAUAUUGGAUGCAAGCUGCUGUUCUAUGUUCACAGAGUGGGCAGGGGUGUGUCCCUUGUCAGCACCUGCCUUCUGAGUAUCUUCCAGGUCAUAAAGAUAAGUCCUGGGGACUCCAGGUGGGCAGACCUUAAAGUCAAAUCUCCCAAGUACAUUGGUUCCUCCAUGUCCCUGAGCUGGAUCCUCUACAUGCUUAUAAAUACUUUUAAUCUUAUUUAUAUAACUGGAAAAUGGAGCAAUACAAGUGUGACAAACAUAAAAGAUGUUGGAUACUGUUCUGCUACUCAUCCUGACACAACCACAGUGUCAUUCUUGGCAGCAUUUCUCACAUUCCCUGAUGCUGUGUGUGUGGGCCUCAUGCUCUGGUCCAGCAGCUCCAUGGUGCUCAUCCUGCACAGGCACAAGCAAAGAAUGAUGCACAUUCAUAAGGCCAGCACCCACAGGUCCUCCCCUGAGUCUAGAGCCACUAAAACCAUCCUUGCCCUGGUGAGCACCUUUGUCUCUUUUUAUACACUUUCCUCCAUUUUUCAGUGUUGGAUGACUCUUAUUUCUAAUCCCAAAUGGUUUGUGGUACACAUGGGUGCAAUAGUUACUGGGUGUUUCCCAGCUGUCAGCCCCUUUCUGCUCUUGAGUCCAGAUUCGAGGUUCUGUUUUGCCUGGAAACAGAAUUAG